AUGGCACUAUCGGUCGAGCAAAAGCAGAUGAGAUUCCUAGCCGUCGUGCUCCCCUCCCUCACACUCUGCACCCACACGCUCCUCGCCCUCUCCUUCCUGCUCCCGGGCUCAGAUCCCAACCGCGCCGUCUUCUCCAUCACAUACAAUGCCAUCGCCGGCAGCGCAAGCAUAUUAGGCCUCGUGGGCGCUAUACGGGUAAGCAAGCAAGCCACCUUCUUCAUCCCCGCGAUUCGUGCGACUGGCGGGCCUUGGAUGGGUCCGGGUUCGCGCGGAGGAAGCAACAUCCAAGACAUAUCCGAGUCAAUUAUGUCAGCUUACACCAUCGUCCACGCCAUCACCCUCUCCUUCGUCACCAUCGCGCUCGUAAACCUGAUUCUACCCUUCGACUUCCGGUUACUCAAUCCGGUUAUUCCGAGCUAUGCCGUUGAUGGGUCGUUGUUGUGUCGCGAUAUCGAUGCGGGGUUUGGCUGGGAUGACGAGUGGUUGGAGAAGUGCUCGAUGACUUUUAUUGUUGUCAAGUUUGCGAUUGCGGGGCUGGGUUUGAGCUUGAUGGGCGCGCAGUGGUGGGCGCUGUGCAGUGUGAGGGCGUGGGGGCAGGAGUUGGGUGGUGAGGAUAGGAGUGGUGAGGAGGACGUGGAAAAGGCUGGCCUUGUGCGAAGGGACGAUUUUAUGUUUGAUGAAAAGACGGGGUUCUAA